CAAACACAUUGCUACCAUGGUUCACAUGCCUUCUUGUUUCAAGCCUGAAUCACCACAAGCACCACCGCCAAGCUCCGGCGAGCUCAUCACUAAGCGACCACCGCCACCGUCACUGGUCUUCGACGCCAGCAUCCUUAGCCAUGAACUCAACAUCCCCUCCCAAUUCAUCUGGCCGGAAGAAGACAAGCCAACACCGGACGCGUCUGAGGAACUCCAUCUCCCUCUCAUAGACCUCCAAGACUUCCUCUCCGGCAACCCCACUGCCAUGUCCGACGUGUCUCGCAUCGUUGGAGAUGCCUGUGAACGCCAUGGCUUCUUCCAGGUAAUUAACCAUGGAGUAGAUCAUGAGCUCUUGCGUGUUGCCCUUCUUUGCAUGGAUUCCUUCUUCUCUAUGCCUCUCAAAGACAAACAGAAAGCUCAGAGAUUGGCCGGUGAGUGCUGCGGCUACGCCAGCAGCUUCACCGGCCGCUUCUCGUCCAAGCUCCCUUGGAAAGAGACUCUUUCCUUCCGGUUCUCUCUCUCUCCCAACGUCGUUCAUGACUAUUUCCUCCAAACUCUCGGCCAUGAAUUCCGCCAUUUUGGGGAUGUGUACCAGAGAUACUGUGAGGCAAUGAGCAAGCUGAGUUUGGAGAUAAUGGAGGUUUUGGGAGUGAGUUUGGGAGUAGGGAAAAGAGGGUUCAGAGACUUCUUUGAAAGGAAUGACUCUAUAAUGAGGUUGAAUUAUUACCCUCUUUGUCAAAGGCCUGAUCAGACACUUGGCACCGGCCCUCAUUGUGAUCCUACUUCUCUCACCAUUCUCCAUCAAGAUCAUGUUGGUGGUCUUCAGGUGCUCAGUGAUGGUAAGUGGCGCACCAUCAGACCCAACCCUAAUGCUUUUGUGGUUAACAUUGGAGACACCUUCAUGGCGUUGUCAAAUGGGAGAUACAAGAGCUGCUUGCAUAGAGCAGUGGUGAAUAGUGAUGAGACGAGGAAGUCAUUGGCCUUCUUUCUUUGCCCGGAGAUGAGCAAGAUAGUCAGGCCGCCGUGUAGUUUGGUUGACAGUGAGCAUCCGAGAGUUUACCCUGAUUUCACUUGGUCAGCGUUGCUUGAGUUCACUCAAAAGCACUACCGAGCUGAUACAAAGACACUAGAUGCUUUUGCAGAGUGGUUGCUGAAAUCUCAAAAAGUGAUAAUUAUAUCAUCAAUAGAAAAUGGCACUGUUUUUGUUUUUGUUUUUUUGUUUUUUCUAUAAACUUUUUUUCUUUUUC